CCUCCUCCUCCUCCUCCGUGCGCGUGACGUCUCUCGGCGCCGGCCGGGCAGCAGGAGGAGCGAAGCAGCCCCGGGGCUGCCCGCGCUCUCCCUGGCCGAAGGGGACGUCGCCGCCGCUGGCGGCACGGUUGGAGCGGCUGCUGCGUUGACGCUCCUCCAGCUCAAUCUGGAAUGCAGCUUUAAGCCCAGCUGAUCCCGUGGGGCGACCAGCAGCACCAGGCUGGAUUUCCCUGACUUGGGGGUUCACUGUUGGGCUGAGAGGGAGCAACGAGUGAGCAGGAAAAUGACCUCCGCCAGCGAAGCGUCCAGAUGUUGAAGGUGGUGCAACCGCUGGUCCCAUGUGGAGGAGGCGAGGAUGCGGCUGACCGUGAGACGAGUGCUGAUGGUGGUGGGCUUCGCCAUCGCCCUGAUGGUCUCCGUCCACCUAGGCCAGCAGAUGCUGCAGUGCCAGCAGAUGCUGGGCCAGGGCCUCAGCCGGGCCCUGAUGCGUCCGGAGAGCGAGGAACUGGUGAUGCUGGACUCCAACCGAGUCGAAUAUCGCUACAGUAAGGAGAUGCCACUCAUCUUCAUCGGUGGGGUUCCUCGGAGCGGGACCACCCUGAUGCGAGCCAUGCUGGACGCGCACCCGGAGGUGCGCUGCGGGGAAGAGACACGCAUCAUCCCGCGGGUGCUGGCCAUGCGCCAAGCCUGGUCCCGGUCCGGGCGAGAAAAGAUGCGCCUGGACGAAGCCGGGGUAACGGACCAGGUGCUGGAUGCGGCCAUGCAGGCCUUCAUCUUGGAGGUGAUCGCCAAACACGGGGAGCCGGCCCGCUACCUCUGCAACAAGGACCCCUUCACGCUCAAGUCCUCCAUUUACCUCUCCCACCUCUUCCCCAACUCCAAAUUCCUGCUGAUGGUGCGCGACGGGCGGGCCUCUGUCCACUCCAUGAUCACCAGGAAGGUCACCAUUGCCGGCUUCGACCUUCGGAGCUACCGGGAUUGCCUGGCCAAGUGGAACAAAGCGAUCGAGGUGAUGUACUCCCAGUGCCUGGCCAUCGGGCGGCUGCGCUGCCUCCCCGUCUACUAUGAGCAGCUGGUUCUGCACCCCCAGAAAUCCAUGCGGGCCAUCAUGGACUUCCUGGAAAUCGCCUGGAGCGACGCCGUCCUGCACCAUGAGGAGCUGAUUGGGAAGCCAGGCGGGGUCUCCCUGUCCAAGAUUGAGCGAUCCACGGACCAGGUGAUCAAGCCUGUGAACAUGGAGGCCUUGACCAAGUGGCUGGGACACAUUCCGGAGGACGUGGUGCAGGACAUGGCUCAGAUUGCCCCCAUGCUGGCCAGGCUGGGCUAUGACCCCUAUGCAAACCCUCCCAACUACGGUAGCCCGGACCCCCUGGUGAUCAACAACACCCACCGGGUCCUGAAUGGGGACUUCAAAACCCCUGCCAAUUUGAAGGGGCACCUUCAGGGGACUCUGAAUACGACUGCUUUUCACUGACCAACUCAACGAUUUCCAGGUGCAAAUUGCUUCCCCUUUUUCUGAAGAGAAGAAAAUUUGCAAACAGUGACAGUGGAAAUCUGUUAUCCAAGCAUAUUGCUUGCUACUGAUAUUGCCAAAUCAAUGCUAUCUGUGAAAUACUUUUCAUUUUGCCAUUA